AUGUGCAGAUAUGCUAAGGACAUCGACCUUAAGCCCAAGCGGCUACCAAAUGGGCUGCUUAGCUGGAUCUACCCCGUCAUUACAUAUCCUGAGGGGGAUAUUAUCGACGAGGCUGGGCUGGACUGUGCGAUGUAUCUGCGCAUUCUCCGUUUCGGGGUGUACCUAUUCUUCCCCCUCACGAUCUUUUGCAUCAUCGUGGUGCUCCCGCCCAACAUGAAGAGUAACGGAAUUGAGGCAAUCCUCGCGGAGCAGGCUUUGCGAAAUGCCGGCAAGAACCAGACCUCGGGCAAAGGCGACUUGGAGUUCUCCGAUUUCGACCAUUACUCGCUGUCCAACGUCGAGGCCGCCAGUCCCAAGAUGUGGGCACACCUGUUCGCUGUGUACUGUGUGGUGCUGUACACCCUCUGGCUGCUGUGGCGGUUCAACCGCGAGUCCGUGUUGCUGCGGCUACUCUUCCUGGGUAAUGCGAAACGCGGAGGGCCCUCUCACACCGUGUUGGUGACGGAUAUUCCGGGUAUUAGUGAGGCUGUUUCCAAGGCCCUACGGGACGAGCGGGCGAAGAAGCAGGAGAUGAAGAAGAUGGAACGAGAUAAAUCUAUUAUCUCGCAGAAGAGUGUGGACGUGCAGCUGGACGACGACAGCUACGCAGAGCUCCCCGACCAGCCGCGGACCGCCACCACCAGCGUCGCCAGCACCACGCUGAAGCCCCAGACCUCACUGCGCAAGGGCCGGGUGGUCUCCAUCAGCGAACCCCCGGUGCUUGUAGUCCAACAACAACAGCUGCAACAACAGCAGCAGCAGUUCACGCCGCGUGCCGUGCCGUCGGUGGAGAAGGGCGGCCGGUCGAACGUAUCAGCAUCGCCCUUCUCCGACGCCAGCGCCAAGAGCUUUGAGAGUACUGCAGACGCCGAGCUGCCAGGAUCCUCCACGAAACCCGAGGUUGUCGAAUUAAAGAGCGCCGCCUCGGCCUCUGGCGGCGCCGCUGCUGGCGGCGGCCCCGCCGGUCCCGCCGGGGGAGCUUCCUUUGUUGUUAAGGCCGGCGGGAACAGUCGCUUUAACUUGCGCAGUAUCCUGAGUAGCACCGCUAGCGACGCGCAAUACCGGCUGGUGGUGGAUGACCUGGACCCCAAGUACGCGGCCACGGGCGGCAAGUUGGAGUUGGCGCGCGUUGGCAAGACGAACGAGGAGAUCCUUAAGGAGUUGCAGGUCAUGGAGAAGGACGAUUUGGUCAAGGGCCUUCCCGAGAAGCUGGGGGUGGAUACGAGGCCGCUGCCUCCCACCCGCCGCAACACCAAGCGUUAUGAGUACGACCUGAAAACAACGGUGCUGGAUCCCGUACAUGAGGCCCUGGAGACAUUGAGGAAAGGCGUGACUCCACAGCAAUUGGUGGCCCGAGAGUUUGCGUUGGUGUACGGCACGAGCAAUGUGGCCGCGGUCAACAUGAUUCAGGACACGAGCGCGUUGGAGCCUCUGGCUGAGGAAUACAACCAGGCGCGUGUGUGUCAGGACCUGGACGACUACCUGGAAAUGGCCAAACUGCGACUCAAGCUGCGGAAGGCGCUGCCGCAGAAGCAGAUCUCCAUCCUAUGUGCUCGGUACCAGGACAUGGACUAUGUGAAGAAGUUUAAGACGAAGUGGUUUGUCAAGGUGGACGCCGUGGAGUUCUGGUUGGAGCGCAUGAAGUACCUCCGGGAGCGUAUUAAAAUUGAGCAAGCCAAGUGUGUCCGCAAGAUGGCGCCCUCCGCCUUCGUCACCUUCAACACUCGCAUGGCUCAGGCUGUCAGCGCCAACUCGCUACACUCCCACGACGAAAACGCCUGGCGGGUACAGAACGCCCCUGCGCCGUUUGAGGUGGUGUGGAAGAACCUGUCGCUAACAAUGCCCAUCAAGAACGGCCGGCUGUACCUCCUGUGGGCUGCUUUCUGGGGCAUGACCAUCUUCUUCAUGGUGCCUGUGUCCUUCAUUCAGGGCAUGAUUGAGGUUCCCAAGCUGGCCUCCAUUCCCGUGCUGGGCGACAUCGUGACCACCCCGCCCAUCAAGCAGCUGCUGCAGGCUGUCAUUCCAGGUCUGGUGCUCAAGAUCUUCCUGGCGCUUGUACCCACCAUCCUGCGCAUCAUGGCGCAGCUGUCCGGCGCCACCUCCGUCAGCGAGAUCGACUUUGGAGUCGUGAAGCGCUUCUUCCUGUUCCAGACGGUGGUGGUAUUCUUCGGGAGCAUCAUUCUCGGCUCCUUUUUCAACCAGCUGAAGCAGUGGGUGAAGGAACCCAGCAGCGUCAUCGCCACACUGGGCAAGUCCAUCCCCAUGACCUCCACGUUCUUCAUCACUUAUCUUCUCGUGAACGGUCUGGGUGUCAAGUCGUUUGCCUUCAUUCGGCUGCCCAACUUUGUUAUAUAUUGGAUCUUGUCCAAGUUCGCGGGUAGCCCCGCGGCCCGGCAGCGCAUGUGGAUGUUCCAAUGGACCAAUAACGGCACCACGGUGGUGGAUCACACCAUCGCCAUGAUGCUGGGACUGACCUUCUCCUGCAUCAACCCCAUCGUGUGCCCCGCUGCGCUGGCGUACUUCUUGGUCAAUUUCCUAGGGGAAACGUACAACAACGUGUACGUGUACCGCCGCCAGUACGAGAGUGGCGGCAUGCUGUGGAAGACGGUUUACAACCAGGUGAUGGUGGCGCUGUACAUCAUGCAGAUCACCAUGCUGGGCCUGCUGUCCCUCAAGAAGUUCAAAUUCAGCCCUUUCAUGUUUCCCCUCAUCAUCUUUUCCAUCACCUCGCACAUCAGCACACUGCAGCUCUUCAACAGGCCCUGGUCGGUGACGGCGCUCCACGACGCCGCUUACAUGGACAUGUUGGAGGCGGACCAGCGGCGGAUGACACUGCUGGCAGCUGCACGCGAGGAACGCAAGAAGAAGCGCGACAAGAUUAAGAGGGCGUACGACGAUGCCGUACGCCAAGCCGAGAACAACGACGACCCGCCGCCACCGUACGACACCAGGCUGGACGAGGUUCCGUCGCCCGGCUACCCCGGCGCGGGUAAGGCCGAACUUCUGCUGCUGGAAUCCAUCGAGGGAGAUGGCUACGCACUUAACUCCCAGGAGAAGCGUGAAGUGGAGGAGAUGUACAUGAACCCCGUGUUCAAGGUGAAGCUCGAAGAGGUUGAACGCUUGGAGAAGCUCGCUGAGGAUGUGCAGACUCGCCUGCCGCGUUUGAACGAGUGGGUGGCGGAGUACAAGGUGUACCGUCGAGAGGUGAAGAAGCGACACAUCAAGGGCGACACUGAGCAGGUGACGCCGCCCAAGAUGCCGGAGGACCUCACCAUCUACGACGCAGACCCGAACCUGCAGGACAGUGAUGAUGAGGAGGAUGCGGGGGGCGCAGCUGGCGGCAACCCUAACAGCACCACCAACAACAACAAGAACGAUACCGCCGCCGCCGGCGGCGGCGGCGGCAGCGGCAGCCUCAGUUUGCGCGGCUUGAAGCAGCGGGAGACCGGGAAGGAGGUUGAUGCUGCUGACCGUGUCUAG